CGGGCGGGCGCUGACGCCGCCGGGCCGAAGCGGGCCGCGCGGGAGCCCGCGGAGGGAGCAGCGGCGCCGUCGGUUCCCGUCGGGGCUCUGUGGGUCCCCGACCCGCCCCCGGCCUGGCCAUGGCGGGCGCCAGGCCCGGCGUCCACGCGCUGCAGCUGGAGCCGCCCACCGUCGUGGAGACCCUGCGGCGCGGGAGUAAGUUCAUCAAAUGGGACGAGGAGGUCUCCAGUCAGAACCUGGUGACCCUGCGCGUGGACUCCAAUGGCUUCUUCCUGUACUGGACAGGACCCAACAUGGAGGUGGACACACUGGACAUCAGUUCCAUCAGGGACACGAGGACAGGCCGUUACGCCCGCCUGCCCAAGGACCCUAAGAUCCGAGAGGUGUUGGGCUUUGGGGGCCCUGAUGCCCGGCUGGAGGAGAGGUUGAUGACGGUGGUGGCCGGGCCAGACCUGGUGAACACAACGUUCUUAAACUUCAUGGCCGUGCAGGAUGACACAGCGAAGGUCUGGACUGAGGAGCUCUUCAAGCUAGCUAUGAACAUCCUGGCUCAGAACGCCUCCCGGAACACCUUCCUGCGCAAAGCAUACACGAAGCUGAAGUUGCAGGUGAACCAGGAUGGACGGAUCCCAGUCAAGAACAUCCUGAAGAUGUUCUCAGCAGACAAGAAGCGGGUAGAGACUGCACUGGAAUCCUGUGGCCUCAAUUUCAACCGGAGCGAGUCCAUCCGGCCUGACGAGUUUUCCUUGGAAAUCUUUGAGCGGUUCCUGAACAAGCUGUGUCUGCGGCCGGACAUUGACAAGAUCCUGCUGGAGAUAGGCGCCAAGGGCAAGCCAUACCUGACGCUGGAGCAGCUCAUGGACUUCAUCAACCAGAAACAACGGGACCCGAGGCUCAACGAAGUGCUAUACCCACCCCUGCGGCCUUCCCAGGCCCGGCAGCUCAUUGAGAAGUAUGAGCCCAACCAGCAGUUCCUGGAGCGAGAUCAGAUGUCCAUGGAGGGCUUUAGCCGCUACCUGGGAGGUGAGGAUAACGGCAUCCUGCCCCUGGAGGCCCUGGACCUGAGCGCAGACAUGACCCAGCCGCUGAGCGCCUACUUCAUCAACUCCUCCCACAACACGUAUCUCACUGCUGGGCAGCUGGCCGGGACUUCGUCGGUGGAGAUAUACCGGCAGGUGCUGCUGUGGGGCUGCCGCUGCGUGGAGCUGGACGUGUGGAAAGGGCGGCCACCCGAGGAGGAGCCUUUCAUCACCCAUGGCUUCACCAUGACCACUGAGGUGCCACUCCGAGACGUGCUUGAGGCCAUCGCAGAGUCCGCCUUCAAGACCUCGCCCUACCCCGUCAUCCUGUCCUUUGAGAACCAUGUGGACUCGGCAAAGCAGCAGGCCAAGAUGGCCGAGUACUGUCGCUCCAUCUUUGGGGACGCACUGCUCAUCGACCCACUGGACAAGUACCCGCUGGCCCCAGGCGUCCCCCUGCCCAGCCCCCAGGACCUGAUGGGCCGCAUCCUGGUGAAGAACAAGAAGCGGCACCAGCCCAGCACCGGCGUCCCUGACAGCUCCGUGCGCAAGCGGCCGCUAGAGCAGAGCAACUCGGCCCUGAGUGAGAGCUCUGCCGCCACCGAGCCCUCCUCACCCCAGCUUGGGUCCCCCAGCUCUGACAGCUGCCCAGGCCUGAGCAAUGGGGAGGAGGUGGGCCUCGAGAAGCCCAUCCUGGGGCCCCGGAAGUCUCUGGGUGAGGAGGGGCUGCAUCGGGGCCCUGAUCUUGGAUCUGCCUACCGUGAGGAUGAGGAGGAAGAGGAGGAAGAGGAGGAACAGACGGACCCCAAAAAGCCAACCACGGAUGAGGGCACCGCCAGCAGUGAGGUCAAUGCCACUGAGGAAAUGUCGACCCUCGUCAACUAUAUCGAGCCUGUCAAGUUCAAGUCCUUUGAGGCCGCUCGAAAGAGGAACAAGUGCUUCGAGAUGUCAUCCUUUGUGGAGACCAAGGCCAUGGAGCAACUGACCAAGAGCCCCAUGGAAUUCGUGGAAUACAACAAGCAGCAGCUCAGCCGCAUCUACCCCAAGGGCACCCGCGUGGACUCGUCCAACUACAUGCCUCAGCUCUUCUGGAACGUGGGCUGUCAGCUUGUUGCGCUCAAUUUCCAGACUCUGGAUGUGGCGAUGCAGCUCAACGCAGGUGUGUUCGAGUACAACGGGCGCAGCGGCUACCUGCUCAAGCCCGAGUUCAUGCGGCGGCCGGACAAGUGCUUUGACCCCUUUACCGAGGUCAUCGUGGACGGCAUUGUGGCUAACGCCUUGCGGGUCAAGGUGAUCUCGGGGCAGUUCCUGUCCGACAGGAAGGUGGGCAUCUAUGUGGAGGUGGAUAUGUUUGGCCUCCCUGUCGACACACGGCGCAAGUACCGCACGCGGACCUCUCAGGGGAACUCCUUCAACCCUGUGUGGGAUGAGGAGCCCUUUGACUUCCCCAAGGUGGUGCUGCCCACACUGGCUUCACUGCGUAUCGCGGCCUUUGAGGAGGGCGGCAAGUUCGUGGGGCACCGGAUCCUGCCCGUCUCUGCCAUCCGCUCAGGGUACCACUACAUCUGCCUGCGGAAUGAGGCCAACCAGCCGCUCUGCCUGCCAGCCCUGCUCAUCUAUACCGAGGCCUCCGACUACAUCCCCGACGAUCACCAGGACUACGCAGAGGCCCUGAUCAACCCCAUCAAGCACGUCAGCCUGAUGGACCAGAGAGCCAAGCAGCUGGCUGCCCUCAUUGGGGAGAGUGAGGCUCAGGCUGGCCCAGAGACAUGCCAAGAGACCCAGUCUCAGCAGCUGGGGUCCCAGCUGACUCCAAAUCCUACACCCAGCCCACUGGAUGUCUCCCCCCGCCGUCCCCCAGGCCCUGCCACCUCCCCCACUAGCGCUUCCGUCAGCAGCCCAGGUCAGCGUGACGAUCUCGUCGCCAGCAUCCUCUCAGAGGUGGCCCCGGUCCCACUGGAUGAGCUGCGAGGCCACAAAGCCCUGGUGAAACUCCGGAGCCGGCAAGAGCGAGACUUGCGGGAGCUGCGCAAGAAGCAUCAGCGGAAGGCGGACGCCCUCACUCGCCGAUUGCUUGAUGGCCUGGGCCAGGCUCGGGCUGAGAGCAGGUGCCAGCACCGGCCAGGUGUCCUAGGUGGGGAAGACAAGGAGGAGGACGAAGAGGUGAAGCGGUAUCAAGAGUUCCAGAAGAAACAGGUGCAGUGUCUGCUGGAGCUGAAGGAAGCCCAGGCAGAUAUAGAUGCUGAGCGGAGACUGGAGCACCUGAGACAGGCUCAGCAGCGGCUCAGGGAGGUUGUCAUGGAUGCUCACACAACUCAACUCAAGAGACUGAAGGAGAUGAAUGACAGGGAGAAGAAGGAACUGCAGAAGAUCCUGGACAGGAAGCGCCACAACAGUAUCUCAGAGGCCAAGACGAGAGAGAAACAUAAGAAGGAGGCGGAACUGACAGAGAUUAACCGGCGGCACAUCACUGAGUCGGUCAACUCGAUCCGUCGGCUGGAGGAGGCCCAGAAGCAGCGGUAUGAACGCCUUGUGGCAGGGCAGCAGCAGGUCCUACAACAGCUGGUGGAAGAGGAGCCCCAGCUGCUGGCCCAGCUGGCCCAGGAGUGUCAGGAGCAGCGGGCAAGGCUGCCCCAGGAGAUCCGCUGGAGCCUGCUGGGCGAGUCACCAGAGGGACUGGGGGACGGGCAUCUGGUGGCCUGUGCCAGCAAUGGUCACGCGCCCGGGAGCAGUGGGCACCUGUCCGGUGCUGACUUGGAGAGCCAAGAGGAGAAUACGAAGCUCUGAACUGGCUGAGCAAGAGGUGGCCAAAGGGCCAGGGUGGGUGCUGGGAGGAGGACAGGAGGCCAAGACACUAAUGCUUUUUUUUUUUUUUUUUUAACUUUUUAUCUUUAGAAAUUUUAUUUUUUUAAACUGGGGUGAGCACCCCACACUAACUCCCUCCCUUCACCUUCCUAGGGCCCUCUUAGUCCUCCGCCCCUCUUUCCUGUCCUCAGUUCUAGAGAAGGUGCUGAGUGGGUCACUCUGGGCCAGAAGAGCCUCGCCCCCAUGACACCCAUACCCCAGAGUGGGCGUCAUCUCCUUCACUUCCCCAGGGAGCACUGGGUAGAGACUGCGAGCUCCGGGAAGUAGGGGUCACAUUCUUUCUCUAUCCUUUUGGGAUUUUUUUUUACAUGAAUAAAAGUGGAUUUCAGGGACCCUGUGUGCAGCGUGGUUUGGGGUAGGGUAGUGCUGGAGAGGACUCCGGGCCCUAGACCUGGCUCUGCCACUUCUGGAGCCUCAGUUUUCUCAUCUAUAAAAUGGGCUUGUGGGCAUCGUGGGGUUGAGGUCAGGCCCCUGUCCAGAGGGUUGCUGGGUUUCAAACCUGAGACCUCCUUGCCCAGGAACUACCUGCAGAUCUUCCCAGUGACCUGACACCAGAGCCCCUUUGGUCUCCCCGAGGCUUCCCCGCCUCUAUGCCCCUGCCCUGGGCUAUCACUCCCGCCCCACGCCCCCAUUACUUUUCUCCCUCCUGGGCUUUUCUUGUCCUCCCUUCACAGAGGCUCAGGCCUUUGCUUCAGGAAGCCUCCUCUGCCCCCCCUUCCUGUUGCCUGAUAUGACCCAAACACCCAGCAUCCUCCGCUGAGGCAGCUCCAGCCACACAGGCAGUUGACUCUCUGGGGAUCGACCUGCUAGGGGUGGAGCUGGGCAGCCCAGAACCUGCCCAACAUCAGGGGACCUGGGUUCUCAGCUUUGGGUGGGAAGUGGAUGGGCCUAGAAGUGACUCUUGGGAGAAGGGAAGCUGACAGUCACAGGCACUCGCAGGGGCUAGGAGACCCAGCAUCCCUCUCAUCCCUGUGAGGGAGAUGUUAUCCCUGUUUUGCAGAUGAGGAAACUGAGGCCACAACUAAGUCAAGACAUCCUGACCUGGAGGCAGGGUGGGCCUGGACCCUCUAUGCCAGCCUGGAGGACCUGCUCCACGCCUCCCCCUCCGGCCCUGGGACGGCAGAGUGGCAGAGACCCCGCAGCGAGGGUGCGGCCGGGUUCUGCAGCAGGGUCAGGCUGGCACUUCUUCAAGGCCUCUCCCAGCUUCCUGGCGCUUCCCGGGCUGACUGCCUCCCUCCUCCAGAGGAAGGCAGCCUCUUAUCUGGGCUUAUCUCCUGCCAAUUGAGUGUAUUCUUUCUUUGUUUUUGCUGCAACCUCAGGCAAACAAAUGUGGUGGGGACGUCAGAGAAACAGGACUUCCAGAGUAGGGAUGUGUCAGGCUGGGGACCUCUGCCUAAGGCCCUGCUUCCUUAGGAUCAGUACCAUUGCCCAGGCCUUCCCUGCUUCUGCAGUCAGGCUUUGUCCUAGCCCCAAAUCUGCCCCGUUCAGGCCUCUCAGCAGCCAGCUCCUAUCUUCCUGACUCCACACGGAAACACUAGAUACCAGUCCACAGGUCCUCAAAGACCAGGCUAAACUCCAAACUCCUGGGUACUACAUUCCCAUCCUUGAGAUGCCUGACCUCUGCUGCUCCCCUUAUCCGUCCAUGGGUCUGCUCCUUCCUCUACUAGGAAUGACAGCCCUCUCCCCCAUCUCUUCGAGUCUAGCUCACCUCCUCCUUGAAGCCCUCCCUGACUUUCCCUUGCUGGAGUGAGCCGCCCCUAGCCCGGUUCCAAGCCCCUGUUAUAGGACUCGGCUGGCGAUAACUCCACUGUUCAAAGGCUAGCUCUCCCCUUGCCAGGAAGCUUGAGAUAGCAGGAGUUGUGGCGUUUAAUUCAUCUCUGUAAACCUAUACAAAGCGCUGGCUAGUCUAUAGAGGGCGCCAAUAAAUCUUUCUGGAAUUGA